AAAGGUGAAAUAAAGGGAGAAAUGCACAUUUGGGAGCAAGCCAAGUCUUCGAGAGCCUUCACGAACGUGAAUGUGUGCUCCCAAGUAAGAAAUUUCCCGAAACCCUAAUUUUGCUCCUCUCCUCGAAUCCUUUUCCGUCGAUAAUACAAUCUGAAUCUUCGCAUUCGCCCAUUGCUCAACUCUCCAAUUUCCGAUCAGGUUCUCCUCUGUCGCAGAUUUGAAUUUCUUCUCACCGACAGAAAUUUCUGGAGUGGUGCCUUUUAUUUCUUGGAUAUUGUUCUGUUUUGAUUUUAUCGUUCUGUUCUCGAUCUGGUUGCCUUUCAGUCUCUUAAUUUCGUGAUUGGGCUUCGAUGAAGAAAUUGGGAAAUUGCGAGAAUUCUUUUAUGAUCUGAUAUACUUCAAGAAGUUACUUAAUGGCUGGGGAGUUUUGAAGGGCAAUUUUCAGAUGGGGAAGCCUUUAUUUUACGAGAUUCUUGAAAAACCAGCCACAAGUGGGAUUAUAGGGAUUUGCUGUGCUAUAUGGUUUUACAUUCAGAAGAAAAACAUUGGAUAUUCACAUGUGGGGCUGAGUUAUGAAACUGCCAUGGAAGGACACCAUUGGAGGAUAAUAACUUCUGCCUUUUCUCAUAUAAGUGUUAUUCAUUUGGUUUUCAACAUGAGUGCUCUUUGGAGUCUUGGGGUCUUGGAACAGCUUGGGCAUAUGGGCUUAGGUGUUGCAUAUUAUCUCCACUACACUCUUGUUCUGGUCAUACUCUCUGGUAUCCUAGUGUUAGGAAUGUACCAUCUCUUAAUUCAGAAGUUUAAGCUCGAAUACUUUCGGCGAGUUACCGCUGUUGGAUAUUCUUGUGUUGUUUUCGGGUGGAUGACUAUACUUUCUAUGAAGCAACCAUCUUCGAAGUUGGAACUCUUUGGCUUUCUUUCGUUACCCAUCAGCUUUGCACCAUUUGAAUCACUGAUCUUUACUUCCAUUAUUGUCCCACAAGCAAGUUUUCUUGGACAUCUAUCUGGAAUAAUUGUUGGAUAUGCUAUAGCUUGGGGUUUGAUCCAUGGAAUGAAUAACUUCUGGGCACUUUCCAUGCUAGGAUGGGUUGUUCUUGUCUUUAUAUUUAGCUUGAAGAAAUCUAACACCUACGACUUCGACUUUCUGGAGAUUGAAUCUGUGACGGACCCUUCAUUGCCGUCUGUUCGAUUUCUUUCAGCUGGAAAUGGUAGGACCUUGCAGAUGAAUGCAUUGCCAACAGGAGAUGUCGAGAUUGUAUGAAUUAUUAGGAGUCAUUUGCGUACUUAAGAUGUUGAAGUUGACCGUCGAAUCCUGUUGUUUGUGCCAGGAUAAUAUAUUCGGUUUCGAGAUGCACUCUGUUUGAGAUCUGUUCAAAUUAGCAAGGUUUUAUCAUGCUUACUGGUGUGCAAUUCUUCCAUUCUUUGGGAUUGAAUUGACUGGGGAUUAUCGGUUGUAUGGAUUAACAACAAUGGUCCAGCCAAGAAGUUAUACAGAAAUUUAAUUUGUCAUUCACAUAUGUAUCAUAAUUUGCAAUGCUUGAGGCUGAAAUUUCAUCUUUGCUUAUUUAUUUCAUUUAUUUAUUUAUUCCCUUCUCUUGUA